CGGGCAGUCUGUGUUCACACAGAUAUUGUUAAUUGCUUUUGUUUUGGAUGAGACACGCCGCGUGAUGAGCACACUAAAAGCAAGGUGCAAAGCUUGUCAUGACGACACCCCGACGACUCCACUAGGAGUUAAGGGCGCAAAAAGAAGUAGUAGUUGUUUAAUAUUAUGUUUUCCUUGGCGGGCUUUUCAAAUGUCAGGUCCUUUUGGAUAGUGACGGUUAUUUUCCGCGCUUCUCUUCCUGCCGUCUGAUCAUUGGAGAAUUAGACAGCUCGCUGAUUGGGUUUUUUCAAAUCACCAAUUGGAGAGCUUGCUGUACCACCAAUCGUAAGUGCCCUUCCGCAAUCCACCGGAAGCUAUUAAAAGGCCGAAUGCGGAACAGUUUUCUCAUUCUCUGUUUAGGAGUGUGUGGAAAUGAGUGGACGAGGGAAAACCGGUGGUAAGGCUAAGAGCAAGCCCAAGUCUCGCUCGUCUCGGGCCGGACUGCAGUUCCCGGUGGGCCGUGUUCACAGGCACCUGAGAAAGGGUAAUUACGCCGAUCGGGUGGGUGCCGGAGCCCCAGUCUACCUGGCUGCUGUACUCGAGUACCUGACGGCUGAAAUCCUCGAGUUGGCCGGCAACGCGGCCCGAGACAACAAGAAGACCCGCAUCAUCCCCAGACACCUGCAGCUGGCCGUCCGCAACGACGAGGAGCUCAACAAGCUGCUGGGAGGGGUGACCAUCGCUCAGGGCGGGGUACUGCCCAAUAUCCAGGCCGUGCUUUUGCCCAAGAAAUCCGGCGGAUCCACCAACCCCAAGGGCAAAUAAACAAGUGAAACGUCAGUUAAAAGACCCAAAGGCUCUUUUCAGAGCCACCCAUAUUGUCUAAGAAAAGGGCUGAUACAGACUGGGGUGACUCCGGGUGUUUCCGUAUUAAAGUCUCAGGCUAAAGUGCUUUUCCUCCCCCAGAAAAUAACUACAUUUAUUUGCGCAGUACCCAAUUUUACCGAAAAUCAGUAAUUUUAUUUUCUGCUAUCUUUUGGAUGACUGGAGAGUGGAGCUUCAUUGGCGGUAAAUUGCCUAAUCUCAUUAGGGGUUUCAUAAUUCUCAGAGGAAAUGCCCGAUCAGAGAGCGUCCUUAUUCACCAACGACCAGGCAACAGGGUAAGCGCCAAAACUAACGACCAAACCA